AUGGGAGACGAAUCAGCUCCCAAAUCACAUUCGCAUGAAGCAGUUAACACACAUGAACGAGCUCGUCUGAUGAAGCGGGGACAUCGACCGCAACGUCUUCGACUUCCUACUACCUUCCAUGUUCCUGAACCUUCGCCUUGCACACCAUGUUCAGUAUUCUCAUUUGAUUUACCCAGCAGUCCAGUUGUUAUCACAGGGCGUCCAAAGUGGGCUUUCUAG